AUGGCUCGAUUGAUUCUGCCUUGCAAGACCUCAACUUUAUCAAAGAAUUGCAUCUUGGGUUUGAUAUCUUCUACCCCUCGUUUCCAGGCGACUCUCCAAGGGAGUUGUCGCCCACUUUCAGUGAACAAUUUCUAUAAGUGUGGGAGAAUCUUCAGUUCCGAGGUUAUUCAGAAAAGGGGUUAUAGACUUCCAUAUUUUUUUCCACACGGUGGCACUAAGAAACUAAACCAAAGGUUAAUCUGCUCAGUCGCUACAGAACCACUGCCGAAGCAAGUUGAGGAAUCUGAAAUGGAAACACCAAAGGAAAUUUUUCUUAAGGAUUACAAGAAGCCUGACUACUAUUUUGAUUCAGUGGAUUUGAAGUUUUCACUGGGAGAGGAGAAAACAAUUGUCUCUUCGAAGAUAAGUGUCCAACCCAGAGAACGAGGUUCCUCUUCCCCACUGGUCUUAGAUGGACAAGAUCUCAAGCUGAUCUCUGUAUCUGUUAAUGGCAAUCAAUUGAGGGAGGAAGAUUAUAAAUUGAGUCCACGACACCUUACUCUAAUAUCACCUCCCAAUGGAAAUUUCACUUUGGAAAUUGUUACUGAAAUACUUCCACAUAAGAACACAUCCUUGGAGGGGCUUUAUAAGUCAUCUGGUAACUUUUGUACACAAUGUGAAGCAGAGGGUUUCCGGAAAAUAACAUUCUAUCAGGAUCGUCCUGACAUCAUGGCUAAGUAUACUUGUCGCAUUGAAGCGGACAAGUCAUUGUACCCUGUUCUACUAUCGAAUGGAAAUCUGAUUGAGCAAGGUGACAUAGAGGGAGGCAAACAUUAUGCUCUUUGGGAAGAUCCUUUCAAGAAACCCUGUUAUCUUUUUGCUCUGGUUGCUGGAAAGUUAGCGAGCAGAGAUGACACUUUUACUACUCGUUCGGGACGCAAUGUCUCACUUAGAAUUUGGACACCUGCUGAAGACCUGCCCAAGACAGAACAUGCCAUGUAUUCUCUUAAAGCUGCAAUGAAAUGGGAUGAAGAUGUCUUUGGUCUUGAGUAUGACCUCGAUCUCUUCAAUAUCGUUGCUGUUCCCGAUUUUAACAUGGGGGCUAUGGAAAACAAGAGUUUGAAUAUUUUCAACUCCAAGCUUGUUUUAGCAUCCCCAGAGACUGCGACUGAUGGAGAUUAUGCUUCAAUCUUGGGUGUGAUUGGUCAUGAGUAUUUUCACAACUGGACAGGCAACAGAGUGACAUGUCGUGACUGGUUCCAGCUCAGCUUAAAAGAAGGGCUUACUGUUUUCCGUGACCAGGAAUUUUCAUCUGAUAUGGGAAGCCGUCCAGUUAAGAGAAUAGCAGAUGUUUGGAGGCUUCGAGUUAGUCAAUUUCCUCAGGAUGCCAGUCCCAUGGCUCAUCCUGUUCGGCCUCACUCUUACAUCAAGAUGGAUAAUUUCUAUACAGUGACGGUUUAUGAGAAGGGUGCUGAAGUUGUUAGGAUGUACAAAACCCUGCUGGGGAGUCAAGGGUUCAGAAAGGGCAUGGAUCUCUACUUCAAGAGGCAUGAUGGUCAAGCUGUAACAUGUGAAGACUUUUAUGCAGCCAUGCGAGAUGCAAAUGGUGCUGAUUUUGCCAACUUCUUGUUGUGGUAUUCCCAAGCUGGGACCCCAUCUGUGAAAGUUGUCUCAGAAUACAAUGCCGAAGCUCGUACUUAUAAGCUGAAGAUCAGUCAAGAGGUUCCUCCAACCGCUGGACAGCCUGUCAAAGAGCCUAUGUUCAUUCCUAUUGCUAUCGGCUUACUUGACUCAACUGGCAAUGACAUGGCUCUGUCUUCUUUGUACCAUGAUGGAAAGUUGGAGAGUUUUGGCAGCAAUGGACAGCCAGUCUACACUGCCAUUCUCAGAAUGACAAAGAAAGAAGAAGAAUUUGUGUUCAAUGAUGUACCAGAGCGGCCAAUUCCCUCGAUAUUGCGUGGAUUUAGUGCUCCCGUGCGUCUUGACUCAGAUCUAACAGAAAGUGACUUAUUUUUUCUCCUUGCACAUGAUUCGGAUGAGUUCAACCGUUGGGAGGCUGGGCAGAUCCUGGCUAGGAAGCUUAUGCUUGGUCUGGUGGCUGAUUACCAACAGAAUAAGCCAUUGGUUCUUAAUCCUCAAUUUGUACAAGGGCUAAAGAGUAUACUUUGUGACUCAAGCUUGGAUAAGGAGUUCAUUUCCAAAGCAAUUACUUUACCUGGAGAAGGUGAGAUAAUGGAUCUGAUGGAUGUUGCUGAUCCUGAUGCUGUUCAUGCUGUUCGGACUUUCAUUAGGAAGCAGUUAGCUUCUGAAUUAAAAGAAGAAUUCAUUAGCACGGUGAAUAAUAACCGGAGUUCUGAGCCAUAUGAGUUCAACCAACAGAAUAUGUCUAGGAGGGCGCUGAAAAAUGUCGCCCUUGCUUAUCUAGGGUCACUUGACGAUCCAGAAGUCAUUGAGCUUGCACUACAGGAAUAUAGGGCUGCCACCAACAUGACAGACCAGUUUGCUGCUCUUGUCGCCAUUGAACAGAAUCCUGGUGAAAUUCGUGAUCAAGUAUUGGCUGAUUUCUACAGCAAGUGGCAAAAUGAUUAUUUGGUUGUGAACAAGUGGCUAGCCCUUCAAGCCAUGUCGGAUAUUCCUGGGAAUGUUGAAAAUGUUAAGAAACUGCUAAACCAUCCAUCGUUUGACAUUCGUAACCCUAACAAGGUUUAUUCUUUGAUUGGAGGAUUUACCGGGUCGCGUGUCAACUUCCAUGCCAAAGAUGGUUCGGGCUACAAAUUCUUGGGAGAACUAGUAGUGGAGCUUGACAAACUGAACCCUCAGGUGGCUUCUAGGAUGGUGUCAGCCUUUUCCAGAUGGAAGCGUUUUGAUGAGACUCGACAAAAACUUGCCAAGGCUCAGCUGGAGAUGAUCUUGUCGGCCAACGGGCUUUCGGAGAACGUGUUUGAGAUUGUAUCCAAGAGUCUGGUCGCUUAA